CUUUUGCCAACCCAUGUGAGCUAUCUCCAGACGGAUGUGACCCCUCCAAGGCUCCAACCAUUCUGCACGCAUCAACAAUAUUUUCACUUUAUAACUUCACUCCAUCCAAUAAUUUCACACCUUUGAAUUUGAAACCAGUUUCCCUUCACUCACUCCUCUGUUUGUUGCUGGUUCUUGAAUUCUAUCCGGGUCUCGCAGAGGGGAUAGAAAAAAAGUCUUUAUUUUUUCUCCCCACGCAGUAAAUUCCUUCCGAUUUCCUGUUUGCGUGUCUUUAAGGCAACACAUAGGAAAGCUUUUGUACGAAGUAUCAUUGCUGGCCUUUUCAGGAUGUAAACAUCAGAGGAAGCUAUGAAAGGCGUUCGUGUUUCAUAGGAAUUUGAGGGCGGAGUGUUUAUGGGUUUCGUGACUUUUUGACACCCUUUUCUAAUUUCCUGGGAGAUAUCAUUUCGUUUUGGAGUUUACCCAAAGUUUAGUGUUCAGCACAAUAUGCACAUGAGGUGUUUGUUGCUAUGCUUAACUGAGAGAAUCACAAGUUUAAGUUUAAGUUUAAUGUGAGCUUUUUACAGUUUUAGAUGGCAUCUUUUAGUGGUUUAGGAAUUGGUUUGAGUUUUGUGUUUGGGUGUAUCCUUAUGGGACUGGUUGCAGAGCUGUAUUACUUGUUAUGGGUGAGGAGAAGAAUCAGAGACAGAGAAACUGAGGGGGAAUACACCAGUAUUGGGAGUGAUAUUGCUUAUUUGUUUUGUUGCAAGAAAUCCAAUUCUGUGGUGACUAGAACCAGCACCCAAGCCCUAACAACCUCAGAAUUGAAUGGAUAUAGCCAAGAUUUGGAGGUGGGGACAGGGAAGGAUUCACUGUUGAAAGGGUUUGGGGAAGAUGAUGGGGUUGAAUCAGAGUUGAUGAGGCUGCACAACCUGUGUGGGCCUCCUAGGUUUCUGUUCACAAUCAAAGAGGAAACCAAGGAGGAUUUGGAGUCUGAGGAUGGGAAAUCUAGGAAGGGUUCUAGAACUAGGAGCUUGAGCCAUGACCUUAUGAUUGGUAGUGUUGAAACACCAUUGCUUUCCCCCUUGUCUUCACCUCCAUUAAAGCCUCUGGCUUUGGAGUCUUAUAGCCACCAUGGGUUCAACCCUCUCUUUGAAUCCUCAACAGAAGCAGCCCUGAAUAGGAUGAGAUCCUCUCCUCCUCCUAAGCUCAAGUUCCUGAGAGAUGCUGAGGAGAAGCUGAUUAAGAGGCUGGUGCAAGAAGCUGAGAAAAGGGCCCUCAGGAAUGGUGAUUCUGCACCCCCAAACUCAAAUGGGGUCACUGAAGUGAAAGAUGGCUCCUUUAUGUCUUUUCUUGAUAGUAGCAAAGCAAAAGAGGUUAAGGUUUGAGACAAACAGUCUCCUGGUACCACCCAUCUCCUUCACAGGAACAUUAAACAGUGAUUUUGUUCCUCCCCCCCUCCCCACUCUUUUAAGGAUGAAGAGGGCAUUCUGCAACCACAUGAAAAGAUGCUCAACCAGUUUUUGUUGUCAGGGGACAGUACCUGGAAACAGUUGGGAUUUUACCCUCAAUGGAUGUGUUCCAACCCAUGACAUGUAUCUUGCAUGGUGUUGGUUUUUAUAUUAAAUUGAAUGAUGCGUUUCGUCUCAAUUUAACGUUUAAAAUUGAUAGUUCGAUUAUACAUUUAUAUUUAUAUAUUAUGCUCAACAGUAUACAUACUUCAACCGUGACUUCAGUUGGUUGUAAAUCGACA